GAAUUGAUGUCUGCGCAUACACCAUAUCGUCCAGAGCGGUCGAAUGGUUUAAAUUCUGUGUCUGUAAAUGAAAGUGGGAUUGGAUUUUUUCAAGAUGAGGUCUGACUCACUGUAGACUGUGAUGGCUCCAGGCGACAUGGUGCCGGAGCAUGCCAAGCAGCAUAAGCUCAAGCAGGAGAAGGAGAACCGUCAGAGCACCACCACCACCACCAGGCCUGAUGGAGACUCUGAGCCUGACGGAUCCUUUGUAUUUGAGGCCCAUGAGGCAUGGAAGGACUUCCACGACUCCCUGAGGCAGUUCUACGAAGUGGGGGAGCUCUGUGAUGUCACACUGAAGGUGGGCAGCAGGCUGAUACCAUGCCACAAGCUGGUGCUGGCAUGUGUCAUCCCUUAUUUCAGGGCCAUGUUCCUGUCUGAGAUGUCCGAGGCCAAACAGGACCUGAUUGAGAUCAAGGACUUUGACGGAGACGCCAUCCACGACCUGGUGCGUUUCGCCUACUCCUCUCGUCUGACCCUGACAGUGGACAACGUGCAGCCUCUCCUCUACGCAGCCUGUAUACUGCAGGUAGAGUUGGUAGCCAGAGCCUGCUGUGAGUACAUGAAGGCCCACUUCCACCCCUCCAACUGCCUGGCUGUCCGCACCUUUGCCGAGAGCCACAACCGCGUCGACCUGAUGGACAUGGCGGAUCGCUACGCUUGCGAACACUUCCGGGAAGUGGUGGACUGUGAGGACUUCCCGUGCGUGUCGCCUCCUCACCUGAGAACCCUGUUGUCCUCCAGUGAUCUGAACAUUCACUCUGAGACUCAGGUGUACACCGCUGCUGUCAAGUGGCUGAAGAAUAACCCUCAACACCACGAGGCCUGGCUGCAGCAGAUCAUGACUCAGGUGCGUCUCCCCCUGCUCCCAGUAGACUUCCUGACGGCCACGGUGGCCAAAGAGGAGAUGAUCAGAGGGAACCUGAGCUGCAGAGAUCUGCUGGAUGAGGCCAGGAACUAUCACCUGCACCUUAGCAACAAGGUUGUCCCGGACUUUGAGUAUUCUGUCAGAACAACACCUAGGAAACACACUGCAGGUGUGUUGUUCUGUGUGGGUGGGCGGGGUGGUUCUGGUGACCCGUUCCGCAGCAUCGAGUGUUACUCCAUCAGCAAGAACAGCUGGUUCUUUGGACCUGAGAUGAACAGUAGGAGACGGCAUGUUGGAGUCAUCUCUGUAGGAGGUAAAGUGUAUGCAGUAGGGGGGCAUGAUGGCAGUGAACACCUGGGUAACAUGGAGAUGUUUGAUCCUCUCACUAACAAGUGGAUGAUGAAGGCUUCCAUGAACACUAAGAGAAGGGGCAUAGCUCUGGCAGCUCUGGGAGGUCCUAUCUACGCCAUCGGAGGUCUAGAUGACAACUCAUGCUUCAACGACGUGGAGAGAUACGAUAUCGAGAGCGACCGCUGGACUGCUGUGGCGUCCAUGAACACACCCAGAGGAGGGGUGGGCUCUGUGGCCUUAGGGAGUCAUGUGUACGCUGUGGGAGGUAACGACGGUGUGGCCUCUCUGUCCAGUGUGGAGAGGUUUGACCCCCACCUCAACAAGUGGACAGAGGUCAGGGAGAUGGGCCAGAGACGAGCAGGGAACGGAGUCAGUGAGCUGAACGGAUGCCUCUAUGUCGUGGGCGGUUUUGAUGACAACUCCCCGCUGAGUUCUGUGGAACGUUUGGACCCCCGUCUUUCCCGAUGGAACUACGUCUCUGAGCUGACCACGCCCCGAGGCGGAGUGGGCGUGGCCACGGUCAUGGGUCGCGUGUUCGCAGUCGGUGGUCACAACGGGAACAUUUAUCUUAACACAGUGGAGGCCUUCGACCCCCGUAUGAACAGAUGGGAGCUGGUGGGGUCUGUCUCUCACUGCCGGGCCGGUGCAGGAGUGGCCGUCUGUUCCACUCACAUCAGCCAGAUCAGAGACGUGGGCCAGGGCUCCAGCAACGUGGUCGACUGCAUGUGACCGCUGUCUGACCACAGGCUGACCCGGAAAACUGCACAAGAUCAGACGUGCACAGAACAGCACCCGUCCCCCACGCACAGCCACAAGCACUGAAUCCCACUGCACGGACACUGACUAGGAGCAGCUGUCCUUAAAGCACCACUUCCCUUUAGCACUGACUGUCAUGUAACCGAUCUCACUAUGUAGGGUGGUGUGCAUUGUUAUUAUUCAGCUGAAGACACUUCUCUGACUGAACCUUAUCAGUGGAAAACUGAUCUACAAACAAUCAAUAUAUUUUCUCUUUUUGUGAUGUUUGCAAAUGCAUUUCAGUGAUUGGUGUAUUUUGAAAAAAUGAUUUGAUUUUCUUUGCGUUUUGACUGCUUUGGAACUUUAUCAAAAGGAAAAUAGCUGACUGAUAGUUGAGCUGUAGAUGUCUCAUUAGACAGGCCUUGCAUAUCUACUUGUAUUUUUUAAGAGAUAACCGGUUAGUACCUAUGCUCUGUCAGACCUCACUUUCACAAUCAUCACUGUCUGAACUGAGAGAUCUUCCUAGGGUUCCCAGCAGUCUCUCACAUAUAUAAAACAGUAUGAGAGAGAGCACUGUGAAGUAUGGACAGUAUCUGGAGGAUGGAAAGCUGUGAAGUAAAGACUCUGAACAGAUCAGUGUUUAGGAUUUUUUUUAAAUCUGUUGACAUUCUAUUGACUCACACAUAGACAAUGUUUAUUUUUUUGAAAUCUGACAUUCUAUUGACUCACACAUAGACAAUGUUUAUUUUUUUCCUGUUUAUUUUCUUUUUAGGAAUUCACGGCUUUCAUUCAGAUCUAUCCGCUGUAGGCUUCGUGAUGCUGAAACCGCUUUCGUGUUAGCAUUAGCUAGCUGUAGCCUGUAUUUGCGUUUUGAACAAUCAUUCCUAACAGACUGAUUUUAAUUGAGAUUAAACUAUGGCGGUCUUUGGCAGAGUUGGACUAAAUUUGUGAAGCAAUAAGAGGUUGCUGCAUGUCUUUGUUACCAGACUGAACGUGUGCCGUUUUGAAAUGACUGAGGGACUAGUGAUAACUCUCAGGACAGACAGUCUAGGGUCUUAGCAGAAUGCUAACCCUCAUACUCUCUGUGUUCUACUCAAAGAUAGCUGGGCUGUCAGUAAACAAGUGUGCUUUCAGACGUGUGAAGAGAUGAAUCCUCUAUCUGCCAAAUGGUUCUGAUUUUUUAUAUUUUUAUAUUUGGGAGUUUUUAUGAAAUCAGUGCUUAUCUUUGGUGUUGUUCUUUAUGUGUCUUGUCUUGGACUUGUUGUUGUGCACUAUCUUCCUGGCGUCGUCAGGGGUUUCACUAUAUUUUGUCCUAUGGAAAUGUUUAUGCUAUUUUGAAAAUGUUUUGCCAGUGAGUGUCUGCUCUUUGACAGUGAGUGUCUGUGUUUUGAAGAUUUUUCCUCAACCUUAUUUUCUUGUGACUCCUCCUGGUCAAUUCAAGGCCUUUCAGGUAAUUCUGGAUUUGAUUGUAAGACUGUUGUUGGUCAACAGAUUGACCCAAGACUUUGAUUUAGAAAUACACAUGUUUGAAGAGAUGAUAUGCAUUAGGAAAACAUGCUCUUUCCAUGACAUAGACCAACCAGGUGAAUCCAGGUUAAAGCUAUGAUCCCUUAUUGAUGUCAAUUGUUAAAUCCACUUCAAUCAGUG